UCGGCGGAGAGGCGCCAUCUUGGGCCUGAGCCUCCGCGGGCGGCGGAAGGCGGCUGAAGGCGGCUAAAGGCGGCGGCGGGCUCUAGCGGCGAGCACUGCGCUGGGGGCUUCGCCCCGCUGCCAGCCUGCGGGGCCAGGGCGGGGAGGCUGAGCCGGCGGCUCGCCAUGGAGAGCGAGUACUACGGCGGGGACCAGUCAGAUGAUGGUGGAGCUACUCCAGUGCAAGACGAACGAGAUUCAGGAUCUGAUGUGGAAGAGGAAGCAAAUGAGCAGCAUUCUGAAUCUGAGAAUGGAAGUGUAGGGCACCAUUCAGAGAAUGAACACAGUGAUGGAGAAGAUGAUGGGCGAAUGGGAGAGCCCCACAUGACAGACUCUGAAAAUGAAGAUGUCCCGAGGCAAAAAGACAGUGACUCAGAUAAUGAAGAGCCUCCAAAUCACAAUGUAAGUGAUUCUGAUAAUGAAGCAGCUCACGGAGGGAAAGAUAGUGAUUCUGACACUGAGGACCAUCCAAAUAGGCAUAUAAGUGACUCUGAAAAUGAAGAUGCCUUAAAUCAUCGAGCAAGUGACUCUGAUAAUGGAGAGCCUCACAGAGAUCACAGUAGUGACUUUGAAAAUGAGGAAUCACACAAGCAGCCGGCCAGUGACUCGGACAGCGAGGAGCUGCACAAGCAGCCAGCCAGUGACUCUGAGAGUGAGGAGCUGCACAAGCAGCCAGCCAGUGACUCGGAGAGUGAGGAGCUCCGCAAACAGCCUGCUAGCGACUCAGAGAGCGAGGAUGUUUCCAGACACAAACAAGAAAUGGAGUCUGAGGAUAGUGAUGUGGAGGACAGGAAGGAGGAGGUGCAGAAUGAUUCUCAUCAUUCAGAUAAUGAACACGUAAGGGAAGGAUUUCAGGGCUCUGACAGUGAAGAGGAAAUUCCUAAGAGACGAAAAAUGUCUGACAGUGAUGAAGAAGAGAAAGAGGAGGAGAAGACAGUGAAGAGGAAAACCGCUAUCCUUUCUGACAGUGAGGAUGACGAGAAAACACCUGCUAAAAAAGUACGAAUCCUUUCUGAUGUUGAAGAAUCAGAUAGUGAUGCUGCUUCAGAGAAAUCUGACAAAAGGAAGAAAAAUAUUUUAUCAGAUAGUGAGGAGGAAGAAGAAGAAGAAGAAAGAAAAGAGAAUGCUGGGAAGAAAAAAGAGGAGAAAGAUCUAUUUGGCAGUGACAGUGAAUCUGGAAAUGAACAAGAGAACCUGAUUGCAGAUAUUUUUGGAGAAUCUGGUGAUGAGGAAGAAGAGGAAUUCACAGGUUUUAACCAGGAAGAUUUGGAGGAAGAGAAGGGUGAUGCAGACAUGAAGGAAACAGCAGAUGAAUCAGACUCUGAUGAUAACAUCAAAAGAGGGAAGCAUAUGGACUUCAUGUCAGAUUUUGACAUGAUGCUGCAACGAAAGAAGAGUAUGAGUGGCAAGCGUAGACGAAACCGUGAUGGUGGAACUUUCAUUAGCGAUGCGGAUGAUGUAGUCAGUGCUAUGAUUGUGAAGAUGAAUGAAGCCGCUGAGGAGGAUCGACAGCUGAAUACACAAAAGAAACCAGCACUAAAGAAAUUAACUUUGCUACCAACUGUAGUUAUGCAUCUUAAAAAGCAGGACCUCAAAGAAACUUUCAUCGAUAGUGGUGUUAUGUCUGCCAUCAAAGAGUGGCUUUCUCCCCUUCCAGACCGAAGUCUCCCAGCAUUAAAGAUACGAGAGGAGCUUCUGAAGAUCCUGCAAGAGCUGCCCAGUGUGAGCCAAGAGACCCUGAAGCACAGUGGCAUUGGAAGAGCUGUGAUGUACCUCUACAAACACCCCAAAGAGUCGAGACCUAACAAGGAUAUGGCAGGGAAGCUAAUCAAUGAAUGGUCUCGACCUAUCUUUGGCCUUACCUCAAACUACAAAGGCAUGACAAGAGAAGAGAGGGAACAGAGAGAUCUGGAGCAGAUGCCGCAGCGAAGGAGGUUGAGCAGCUCUGGUGGUCAGACUCCCCGCAGGGACCUGGAGAAAGUGCUCACUGGAGAGGAAAAGGCUCUUAGACCCGGUGAUCCUGGGUUCUGUGCACGUGCAAGGGUGCCAAUGCCCUCUAACAAGGACUAUGUGGUCAGGCCAAAGUGGAAUGUGGAGAUGGAGUCCUCCAGGAUAUUAAACAGCAUGUUCUGGAUAUCUCUGUUUCUCACAAACUUAAAAGUUCCAGGGGACCUCUAAGAAAGGGGUGAGUCGACUGGACAAACAGAUGCGGAAAUUCACAGAUAUCAGGAAAAAAAGCAGAUCUGCCCAUGCAGUGAAAAUCAGCAUUGAGGGCAAUAAGAUGCCAUUGUGACCCUUCACAGAAUACCCUAUGACCUCUGCUGUAAGACAGUACACCCACAGACUCUUUGGAGACCUUUACAUUUUUUUAACAGCUUGUUUGGGUUUUUUGGGGGGUUUUUUUUUAGUGAAUCUUGAAAUUGGUUCAGGUUCUGGUGUAUGAUGAUGUCCAAGGACUGUGAAUAUGGGGACUUCUUUCUCCUGAUUGUAUUUAAACUUGCUCUAUUGUGUCCUUUGUACAGAUCUUGUAUUUGUUGUAUUGCAACACUUGAGACAAUAAAACAUCUUCUGUUGGUUUAUUUUUUUUUGGGGGGGGGGGCGCACCUCUCGAUUGAUUGCUCAAGGGAAUGUAUUUGCAGACCACCUGGUGUGUGGAAAAGCUGAUAAUUGUUAAUUUUCUGUUUA